AUGCGGCUUUUAAUUCUACUGUCAUUUAUUGGCUUAAUUUGGGCUGCUGCUGCUUUACCAGCUGCCAAGGAUGCGAAAAUGGAGCCUAACAGCUUGUCAGAUGUAGCUGAUCUCGGUGCCAGUCAUUCGAAUGGAGCUGAACGUCAAGUUCGUCAUUGGGGCUGGGGUCCCCACUGGGGUGGUGGCGGAUGGGGCUAUCCCAGAUAUGGUGGUUGGGGAGGCUAUGGUGGAUAUGGUGGUUGGGGCGGUGGUUGGUAUGGUCGAUAA